CGCUACUUCCUUCUCCCAAUCUUGACAUUUGAAGGGCUUAUCACCUGGAACAUCUUUGAGGGGUCAGUUACCUCUGAGAUGUUUCUCGAUUUUCUGAAGACCUGUAUACCACUUACAACACCUUAUCCCGGCCCACAGAGCAUACUCGUGCUCGACAAUUGCAAUAUCCACCAUUCCGAGGUCAUCCGUGAGCUAGUGGAGGAUCAGGCAUGUAAGUACCAUUGCUCAUGA